CUGCAGGAGAGCAGCCCGCGAUGCAGACCCAGGCGCACAAAGGUUACCGCGUUGCCGCCGGCCUGAUGCUCGGCGUUAUCGCACUAACUGGCAUCGGCGCGAGUAUCAGCAGGCGUGGCGCCGGGGCGAGAUCAGAGGGUUCUGCGGCAGAGAUGCCGGAUGCCGGUGUGGCAGCGCCAAUCACCGCGCCUACGGAGAAGGCGUUUCGCGUGUGCGGUCAGUACUGUGGAGACAACUGGUGCAGCGGGCAGAAGAUCAAAGAGUCUGACUGUGCGUUGCUUCCGGAGCUGGCCGAGCCCGAGCACUGUUAUGACAGAUGCUGCCAAAAUCACGACUUUUGCUGCACCGCCGGCCACGAGCAGCGGGAUUGCAACCACAACAUGGUUGACUGCGUCCAGGCGUGCGCCGCCACCGACUUUGGAAACGCCGAGAUGGCCAACUGGCUGCAGUGCGGCUUUGCGCUCGAAGCCGCCAUGUCGGUUAUCCAGAGAUGCGAGUGUGGGCUAUGCCCGACGCCGCAGUCCGCGUGGGACGAAAUGAUGGACCCGGGACACGCCGAUAAACUGCGUCGGCAGUACAACGGCUCGCGGACCCGGCCUGGUUGGUACCAGUUUGGCUGAGCGAAGGCCACCUCCCAUCUGGACGGCUGUGAAGAGCAUGGCUUGCUUCAUCCCGUUAGCCCGCGGUCGCAACCGAAGGCGACCCCAUGUCGUGGCUUGCCUGUGCGCCCAUUGGUCCCCCGCCCCCUGUUGUGCUGUUGCACCGGUGCAUCUGGGCAUAUAUGUGUUGAGAUGCGGCAUGUGUGUGCGUGUGUGCAAAAAUGACUGCUGUUCUCUGGGGGGGCGCGGGGGCCCCCGGAGGCACCGUGCGCCGCGCAGCAGUACGGAAAUGGGGCUCCGGCUCUAUGAGUCUCUAUGAGCACCGACUUCCCGAAUGAUCACGGUUGAUCAGAGGGCA